UUCAUUUUUUUUUUUUUUUUUUUUGAACUUUCUGGAAUAGCGUUUGGGAAAUAAUUACGAAAUAAUCAUCGUCGGCCUUCAAAUUAAUUGUCAACCGAUACUCCCUUACAGCCUGCUUGGGUCUCUUAUUCUUUGGUCCAACACUCGCUGGAAUAUCUUCUCAAUCAUGAUCUUGUGUUGUGCAGCAGCAUUACAGCAAUAACAGCAACAACUGACAACUGACAACGAACAUCCGACAAUUCCAUCCCACCACUCAACUGUACAUGUACCUCCAAUACGACGUUUAUUUACUAACAAAGCAUGAAGCCACCUUACAUCUGUUAACUUGGUUUUUAUGAGCUGUGUAACGUCUUACUGGGAGAAUUCUGACCAAAUCUGCGGGCUGGCCCCAACAUACGUCGCCCUAUCAGUUGCUUGGAACCCGCCGAAAACCUGCUUCCUGGCUCUUUGUCACUCCGGUCAUGGCUUCACCAAAUAAUCCAUCUUUUUCCAAUAAUCUACCUGCCGAUGACAAGUCUACACUAACUCACAGUGGGGGUUCAUUGGCUGCACAAACAAGUUCUGGACCCGGUGCGCAGGGUUCUUCUCGACCUGGCGCUCUCGUCUCACCAUCUGGGCUUCAGACUUCGUUCGUGGGUAUGUCUUAUCAUCACAGACAUUCCCCCGGACGAUCAGCCCCAGUGUCUUCAACGAACUCGGUGACUUCCUCACGCGAGACCUCUCCCAUCCGUCCCCUUCGAUCGAUAAACUCCGCAACCGCGUCGAGAGCAGUCUCUCGAUCACGCAAAAAUAGCCAGGAGCUGAGUCCGAAUCGCAUCCCUACCCCCUCUGCCGCCGCACUCCGACGGAAUCUCUCCAAUGUGAACAAACCGCAUUUCCCACCACCUUCGACUGAACAGUCCGCAGACUUGCCUCGUCCCAGCAAGUCCAAUAAUAUGCCUUCGAAGCAUGGCGACUCAUCACAGCAAUGGCCUAUAUCUCCUAGACUCAAAUCACCACCUCCGCCGGUUCUAUCGUCGCGUAACAAUCUCCCUCACGCGCCAAAGCGAUCGGACCAUGACACUACCUUAGCAAACAUCUCUAGCAAGAGAAACCCCGCACCCACAGUCGAUAUCGCCCAACAUGCGAAUGCGCCAGAGGAGGAAACUGAUGAUAAAUAUAAUCGCCAAAACGCAAGGGUGGCUUUGAACAGAGGUGGUAGCGGGACGGGAUCGAUUUUGGAAACAGUAGAGGAAGGUGGUGCUCUGGCAGAGUCUCCAGAAAUUCUACCACGGGAAGAAAAUGCGGAUGAAUCUGCGCCAUUUGUUGCCAAAACUGGCGUGGAAAGUGGAAGUGAUAGCGGCGGGAAUAAGAGCAAACCAAGGAUAUCAUCUGCCAACGCAAGGCCGGGCGAUAUUCUUGCGAAGCGCUCAUUUACCUCGCUGAGUACAACUCGAGGGAAGGUUGGCGAUGCCCCUGCGAGGAAUAUGAUUAUCGAGGCAGAAACGGUUAGCUCCAUACCCCAAGUAUCUCUUGGUGGUGGUACAGGCGAACGCGUCUCUGCUAGAACGGAUAUUGGAGGUAGCGUCAGGCUGAAAGCAAGCGAUGAAACUAUUCGACCAAAAAAGGAAAAAAAGAAACCAGUUCGGAAGCCAACAGCACUCCCGGUCGGUACAGUUUCAUCCAAAGCAGAUAUAUUUGAGGCUAAAGUUGCUAGCGCAGUCGAUGAGGCAGACUCUUCUGAUUCUGCAGAAACAUUUGUUUACGACUCAAACCCUCCAGACUCCCAUCCUGCUCGCCAACUUCGAUAUCAUUCGAGGACUCCCAGCAAUACGUCGAUGGCCAGCCAAGCCGAUCAGUAUGGAGGUCGAUCACGAUUAGGCCUAAGGGACCACACCAUUACUGGGAAAAGAAGUAUGAAGUUUACCAAUGCCGGCUAUGGUACCUUGGAUGCAGACGGAGACCAAUCUAGUGGAAGGGGAAGUGGAAGAACCAACGGGCAUAUACAUACGACAAGACAUUCCCACAUUGGUCGGCACGGGAGAAGUAGUCACCCAUCGGUGCUCGACCAGUCACCAUUUCUUGUUUCCCAGAGUCCAUCGAGACAUAACUUUAGUAACGGGGGUAAACAAGCAUACCGCGGGUCUCAUAACCAUCGUAUGGGCAGCCCUAAAAAGAAUGGCGAUACAUAUGGUUACGAUUUCGACGGUGAGGGCGCCGAUGAUGAGCGAACGCCGCUUGUCGGGUCUGUUCGUGCAACUCGCAGCCGUCACGGUCGUCGUCCUAACAGUGCAAGCCUUCGUCAGCUGGAGUAUAUGGAGCAACGACAAAGAAGGUGGUUUUCACGAUACGGUUUCUGUGUUCUACUCCUGAUUUUCCUAUUUUUACUCAUUGGAGGCGCGACUACGGCUGUGGUUGGGCUGAUGAAGCCGCUUGCGGACGUGCACGUCAAGAAGAUCCAGAACGUCUUGGCCUCAGAACAGGAGAUUAUGUUUGGCCUCGAGGUUCUAGCAAUCAACCCCAAUCUCGUGACCCUGACAGUCAACGAUAUGGAUGUCAAUAUAUUUGCAAAGAGUAGAUACGUUGGUGCUGAGUGGCUCCGGCAUGGGUCUGCUUCUCACCCGUAUAUAAUAGCACCCCGGAUGAAAGAUAGCAGAGCGCGGGCCCGCUUAGCUAGCGCGGUGAAACGGAAUACCGUAUCCACAAGCGAUGGCACACACACUACUGGUGGCGUUGACAAAGGUACGGAUCCUAUCUUUGAGGACCCGCCUGAAGACCCUGUUGGCGAUUCACAGACUAUGCUCCUCGGCCGCAUUUUCCAUUUCGACUCUCCUCUCACCUUCGACUCUUCACCUUGGAAGUACGAGCCAUCCGUAUCAAUUGGUGAAGUAAGGCUUGCAAAGCCAGGAAACAAAACCGAAGAAGGCGGGACUGCUCGUUGGGAACGGGUCUUGCAGCAUCCCUUUGAGCUGAUCGUGCGCGGUGUUGUCAAAUACCAAUUACCGUUGACGUCACGCAUGAGGUCUGCCUCGAUCAACUCAAAGAUAACUGUAGUUCCUAAUGAUGACAGCGGCAAAGGAGACAACAGUGGUAAUGAUGGUAACGGCAACGACCACGAUGACGACAACAAGGGUGGACAUAGUAAACACCCCCCAAUGACACCGGGCCACAAUAGUACCGACCCGGUCACCGACCCAAGUCGGCCCUGAUUUGUUGUGUUGCCAUCUCUUACACAACCCACCAUGUUAUGUUAUGCUAUUGGGCCGAGAAAAGUUCAUGUAACGACCUUUUUCUCCGAAUCGCCAUUUGUCUAGUUUAGCGUCGAAUUUCUCACAGGCUCUUUUUACUCUUUUUUCCCCCUACUUAAUUUAAUCUUUUGUAUACCCACACAUCGCAUUGCAUAGAAGGCUUUUUUUGUUCUUCAUCUUUUCUCAUGUCUCUCACGCUUCCCUCCUUCACACAAUUUCCUUAACCUUCCUUCUUGCUUUCUCUUGAACACAUGUUUCUUUAGCGACUAUUCGGCAAUCAUGGGUAUAAUAAAUAAGGGUAUUGACAAAUUGCAAAAAGAUCACGCGUCAAACGAAUGACAAAACGGCAAAAAGUACGCAGGGAUGGUGUUAUUUAUAUGGGCUUCUUUCUUUUUUUUUAUGUUUAUUGUAUUUCAUUUUCCUAUUCUUGCAUUUUCGACUCAGUCAAUGACACAACUACUCGGGCUGUUUAACCAAACCUAACCAUUAUAUAGAACGGAAAACCGGGUAGAUUUCCCUGGUGAUUUUUUUUUUUCCCCUUUAUACCUCCAACAACCCCCACACACGGCAAGGUCCAACACACAAUCCUUUUCAUCGAUUUCGAUGUAUAUUUUCUUUCUCCUUGUUCAAAUAAAAUCAGACCUUGUAACUAUCUUUCUCUUCCCCCUCUUUUGGUUUAAUAGGUAUAUAUCUAUCUAUAUAUAAUGAAUGAUAUGAUGUGAGAUGUGAGAUAAGAGGGAGAUAUCUAUAAACAAGAUGUUACAUAGUAUAAUUCGAGAUGAGAGAAGAGGGGGCAUACAUAAUAUGAACGUGUAAUCCGCAGAGAGAAGAGAGAUACUCUUUCACAUAGCUAUUUUAUUGAGAGGUUUUCCUAUGAGCACGAAUGAGUAUGCAAAAGGGAUCGUUGUGCAUUUCUCAUUCCAAACCAUUACGGGAGUUUAAUAAUUUC